CUCCGCCGUAGCCGCUCUACUAUAUAUCAUAGUCACUCCAUUGCUCCUCCCUCCAAUCACACCUUCGUCUUUGCAUUUGCCUUGAUACCACCCUCUUCGUAAAGCUAGCGUUCUUUGCUUUUGUUCUUCCUCAUGGCAGCAGCUGGAGAGUGUGCAGAACCGCUGAAGUAUCAGACAUGGAUUCUCAAGGUCUCCAUCCACUGCGAAGGCUGCAGGAAGAAAGUAAAGAAGGUCCUUCAGAGUAUGGAAGGGGUUUACAAGACUACCGUGGAUCCCCAACAGCACAAGGUGAUCGUCACCGGGAACGUCGAGGCCGACAUCCUCAUCAAGAAGCUCCUCAAGGCUGGGAAACAUGCCGAGCUCUGGCCCGAGAAGAAGGGUACCGGAGACGGUCUUCGCAGUGGCGCCGGCAGCAGCAACAGCAAAAAGAACAAGAACAAGAACGGUGACAAGCCCAACAAGCCAUCGGAGAGCGUUGACAACAAUCAAAUUUCUCCUGCCACCGACGUCCCCUCGCAUGCUUCCCGUAAACCAGAGGGUGAAGCCUCGAAGAAUGGCGGGAAAAAGUCUACUCCGCCGCCCGAGAAGAAGGAAGGCGGAAAGGCUCCUAUCACCGGGGAAGGCGGUAAGAAGAAGGACAAGGGGGGUCAAAACGGGAACAAUAACAGCAGCAGCAACAGCAACAACAAGAACAAAAAUGGAAGCGGAAAUAGCGGCGGCUGUGCAGCUGAGGCUGAGGUAGCGCCACAAGAGGCCAGCAAGAAAACAGUAUCAGGCGGCGGUGCCGCGAUCCCACCGGCCGGGUUCAAUUUUCCGGUAUACUCGACUCCGCAAGUGCCCUCAUAUCUAGUGAGCUACAACUCGAUGCAGCCGACCAUGAGCUACGGUGGUGCAUACUACAGCGCGCCGUUGCCAAUCCUGCAGAACAGCUGCGUCUACUCCGCAGCAUCGCCAGGCUCGUAUUACAACUUCGGCGAGGAGAGCGCCAAUGCUUGCGGUAUCAUGUGAUGGAGGCUAUCGUCACAUCCAUCAAGCAUCUGAAUCUAAACAUAUAUAACGUGACCUGUUUCUGGACUCGAGCAGUAAUCAGUGGCAUUGCAGUGUUAAUUAAGCUGAUACUGCUUGAGGAAGUGUGACCGUGGAAUCUAGUUGAAGUGAGUUUCGGACUUUGGUUUGGCUUC